AGUGUAUUAUGGAGACUUUGGAACGAAGCCGGGUGUGCCGUUUGUGUGGCAAACAGGCUGGGAUGUCCAUCGACAUAUUCGGCAAACGUGGAAAUCACGUGAAGAAGAUAAACAUGGUACUACCGAUAUUGGUUCACGAACUGGAUCUUCUGCCAAAACACAUGUGCCAUCCGUGCAACUACAAACUUGAGGAAUUUCACAAAUUCUACGAGGAUUGCUUGAAAACCGACGCUAGUUUGAAGAGUCAACUGUCCUGGAUGCAGGGCUCGGAGAUCCGUGAAGAAAUAAUCGUUCCCAUGGUUCAAAUAAACAACAUGAAGAUAAAGAGUGAACCGUUCGAUUACGAGGAGCAGGGACUCACGGAGGCCGUUUUCAACGCCGAAAACAUGGAGAAUUACGAGCAAAAUAAUUAUUUGUUCGACGAUAAAUUUCUGCGAAUUUCCGACACUCGAUGUUCCCGCUGCGGAUGUUUUUGUGGCAAUCAAAACUACGGGAACAGCGAAACAUCGAAAAAAUGCUCAACGUUACGAGAAAGUCGACAGAGAAGGGGGACAAUUGCGAACGACCCGGGAUUCCCUGCACGAGAUAUGAUAAGAAGAAAUUUGUUUGCCACCGAAAUAUUCGACAAAAAUUCGACUCUUCGCACCGAGAUUCCUCUCUGCGGUGAAACAAAAGUUUUUUUCCAAGAAAAAUCUGUCGAGAACGCGGUCGACUUGUUUGCGGGUUCGGAUCGAUUGAAAGAGCAGCCAAGAGUCGCGGUGGUUACGCCAAAAAUAGAGAUUUCGAAGGUCCCAAAUCCUCCAACGAGGUUCACUCGGGUUUUGAGACCCAGAAAAAGGCUCGCGAAAAAUUUGCCAAAGUCCCGAUCCUCUUCGGACCCUACGAAAAAAUCUAACAAAUCAACUAGUCGAGAGAUCAGGAGAAACAGGGCCGAGGCUGAUGUUCCAAUGUUCCUUGAAAUCAAAUCGAAAGCGGCGGACGAAUGCGAGCGAAGUCUCAGGCCUCGUCAACAAUUGAUAAACUAUUAUGCAGAAUCAAGAAGAAGAGUGCCUCGAGUGCGCAUUGAAAAAAUGAAAAUACCAUUGGACGAUGCGAGGCUGCAAAACCUCAAAAAGGAAAUUGUCUCCGAAGCAACGCACUUCCCGAAACCGAAUUUUAUCCAAAAGUUCGAGCCCGACGAUGAUACGAGCAAAAUAGAAACAAAUAAAACCAAAACGUCAGAAUCCACAUCGAGAAACAGCCUAAGAAAAACGUUGAGUGUUAAAAUAAAAAAAGAAAUAAUUGUGGCAGAUUUGCCGGACUUGAUGCCAACGAGAAAACGCGUCACACGUUCAGCGAGCAGGUCCCCGCUAUCCAAAGAUUUAAAAAACAAAGCGCUCGAUAAAUCGAAACGUAAGAACUCGCCCAAAUCCCGUCGUGAAUUGACUCUCUGUCUCAGAUCUCAAAUCGGCUCUCUGAGGAGAAACAAGUCAAGAAAAUUCGAUCUCUUCUUCGAUGGAUCGGAAAAAGCCAAGGAUAAAAACACCUCGUCACGAAAUCAUUCAUCGAGUACCAUCAGGACGAAGAGCAUAGAGAUCAGUGCUCGAGAUCCAGCAACUAUUUUUCGUUACCACGAUUGCGCUGUUUGCGAAAAACGCUUCGCUAGCCAGGAACUCUACAAGCUUCAUGAUUGUUAUAACAAGCGCCAUUGAUAUCAUCGUUACUGUAAAUUUUGUAGGGUAACUGCGAUGCUAAUAUCCCAAGAUACGUUCUGCGAAACUGUUGCUCCUCGAAUCGUUAUAGAACGUAAUUUAACUGUAAUUUACUUAAUAGAUGGCGAUUAUCACUGACCCUUUGCAUCGGGAUAUUUAAGCUUCGUUAUAAAUAUCACAAAUGAAAAGUUUUUACGGUGAAACACGAAUUAGUUUUUAAUCAUGGGAUUACAUUAACGAACAAUGAUCAAUACUCGUUAAAAAUUCUUCAAGCUAUUCGUUCAUAAUCACGAAACGCCUUAAAGUGAACGUACAAAUAUGCAAAAUCACGAAUCUUAUAGCAUAAAUGUGUUUAUAGUUCAAAUGGAUGGUUUUCAAGACGUUUUUGUUGUGAGACUACGAAAAUUUGUUUUUCAUCCAUCACCAAACGUUUUCGUGGUCGAGAGUGAACUGUUUUAUCCACAAAUUGUAUUUUAACGGCGAAAAAAGGUUUCAACUUUCCAUUGUUUAAAAAUUUGGCUUCGAUGAAAAUUAAUCAAACAUUUGGCCGCAUUUCAACGAUGCAAAAUUUUAUAACGAGCUAAACGUGAUUUCUCCACAAUUUCUUAGUUUCUGAAAGUACGAAACGCGAGGACUUUCGGGAAUCCUUCAAACCGUUGGGGUAAAAAUCAGGUUUUUUGGUUCCUCGCUUUCCGAACCGGAAAUAUAAUUUUUUAUUGUCUCUCUUACAGUUGUUCAUUGGAAGUUUUUAGAAUAGAAAUAGCCGAAAAAGUCCCGAGGUGCCGAUAAUUUUAUUGAACCAUCCCACAAAUGAAAUCAAUGAAAUUUUUUUUUUUCGCGUUCGAGACACUCUUCGUUUCGAAAUUUGAAAUUCGAAAUACUUACUUAAUCUGUGAAGCAUACUCAUGCAUAAAUAAUACGUGUAUAUAGUUGUGUAUAUUUCUUGAUGAAUAUUACAAUCGAUAGUUCGCGAGCAGUUGAUAAAUUCCUGUGAUAUUAAUUAGUGCUGAAGGAUUCAUGCUACGUCCUUAAAAAUGUAGUAGCAAUCGAUUUUUAUUUAUUGCCAAUUUAUGUUGCAUUGUAUAGCCCACAUGUUGUUCGCUAUUCAAUUUUCGGUUGAAUUGAAAAAAAACUAUCAUUUUGCCUAAUUACAUUUGCGAAAGUCAAAUAAUUUUAUUUAUCGUUACGAGAUCGAAGUCGAAAUACGAUUGUUAACUAACAUUAUCUGUUUAUUAUCAUUAAUUAUCAUGUGUAGAUCGAAAAUAAAGAUAAACUCUUUUUCCACAAAAA